UAUCGUUAAUGGUUCAGUCUUCAUCUAAUCGUCACAUUGCGUUGUUUACUCUGUUCGCUGGGAGGGAACCAGUUUUUCUGGUGAUGCGAGAAUUGUGUGUAUAAAGUAUAAAAAAAAUCCCAGUUAUAACUUUGACUAGAGGAGCGUGUGUUGAGCGCGGUGUGAGGCGCCACGGAAGCAGUCUAGCCGGAAAACUAUCUUGAGCACGUGUUGGUGUCAUGACCCCCCCGACUGACGAAGCCGCGGAGCCGCCGCAUGUAGUGGUGCUAGAUGGGGGGUUCUCCACACAACUAUCCUGUCAUGUGGGCCAUGUCAUUGACGGCGACCCGCUCUGGAGCGCGCGGUUCCUCCACACACACCCCGACGACGUCGUCAACACACACCUUGACUUCCUCAGAGCGGGCGCGGACGUGAUUAUCACAAACACGUAUCAGGCGUCGCUGGAGGGGUUCGUGGAGCACCUGGGCCUGUCUGAGAAGCAGGCGUAUGACCUGAUGCUUCGCGCUGUCGAGCUCGCCAAGCGCGCGCGCACGCUCUACCUCGACGAGUACCAAGACUACGUCAACAACGAGCACGGGCCCCUGGUGGUGGGGUCGGUGGGCCCCUACGGCGCGCACUUGCACGACGGCUCCGAGUACGACGGCAGCUACGCCGACACCACUUCUGUACAGACUAUGCGGGAGUGGCACCGGCCGCGUAUCCAAGCGCUGGUCGAGGCGGGCGUUGACCUGCUCGCCUUGGAGACGAUCCCGUGCCAGGAAGAGGCCGAGAUGCUAUGCGACCUGCUCAGAGAGUUCCCUAACAUAAAAGCCUGGCUAUCGUUCAGUUGCAAGGACGACCAGAGCAUAGCACACGGCGAAAGUUUCCAGAAGGUGGCAAAGAAGUGUUGGGAGACGAACCCAGAACAGCUGGUCGCUGUGGGAGUCAACUGCUGCGCACCGUCCUAUGUGGCCAAUUUAAUAAAAGGCUUCAACGACGACCGGCCGCACGACCCCAUUCCACUUAUCGUCUACCCCAAUUCAGGAGAAAAAUACAACCCUCAAAUAGGUUGGAUAGACCGCGACAAGUGCGAGGCCGUGGAGGUGUUCAUCCAGGAGUGGCUGGACCUGGGCGUGCGGUACGUGGGCGGCUGCUGCCGGACCUACGCCGCCGACGUCUCCCGCAUCUGCAACCAAGUCCACUGCUGGCGGGACCGCGUCCGCUUCCAAGCAACCAACGCUAACGCCCAGUCCAACCCCACCCAAUGACUUAUUCAACAACUUCCAUCUAAUCAGUCUAUAUGGGUCACAGACUAAAAAGUAACUAACCUCGCGUAGCCGAGUUCCACUUAAAUUCUGUCGCUCAGCUCUUCUCAUUACGCGCGCCCGGUAUCAUUCACAGACGAUGACCAUUGUGCUAAGAACACGUAAGAUACCCUCUACUCAUACAAAUUAGUUCUUUAUUGUUUUCAAACUAAAUUUGAUCAGUCUAUUGCGUUCUAUCCUAUGGAAUGGACUUCCCGAUUGUGACCCAACUGGGCUGAUUGGAUAUGAGCCAUGAAAUAAUUACGUAAUUACCCUAAAUGUGCCAUAGAUAGCUAUGUAGCGAGUGCCACCAAGUUUAAUGACGCAGUCAUAUUCAGGCGAUCGUGUUGGAACGACUCAAUUGAAAGCCUAUCUCGGGCCACAUACACGGCUUUUUACUGUCAUUGUCAUAAAACUUGAAUCGCACUCCAUAAAAUAUUUUUUGAAUGUUAUACGUUGAGUUUAGGUACUUUAUAAAUGUUAUAUUAGUAUAUGUUUAAUUUAAGUAUACGUACUAUCUUGUUAUGCUAAAUGUUUUAUAAAAAUAUAUACAUGUAAAUUUACCUACCUAUCUAUGUUAUUGAAUACUUAUAGCUUUUCGUGGUAGAUGGUAAAUUGGUAUAAAACGAAACGAAUUUAAGGCAUCCAAACCGUAUAAUAUUUUUAUUUUACCAUAAAACGUUUUAUCAAAGAUUUUAUUACCAAAACUUUAUGUUUAUAUAUGUACCUUCUUAUGUGUAAAUACAUGCAUAAAACAAGUUCCUAUUAAAGUAUGAAUAACGCAAUGGGAUGAGAAAAUAACUGAGCAAAUCUGUCAUUCAACCUUUAUAACGUUACCAAAUUAAUGAGACAAUAUUGUUAUUACGAGAGCAACUAAUUUAUUACGGUUUGUCGUAAUAAAUCAGUACAAAUGGACUUCGAAUAAGUUGUUAAUUGAUUGUUAAUGACUUGUCAAACUCACCGCUCAAGGGAUUGUUUCCCUCCACGAUAAAUAAAAGUUUCAAAAAUAGAA